AAGGUGACCCGUGAGCAUAAGCUAAUUGUUUUUUAAUUGCGCAUGCAAAAAGUUAUAUAUAGACCGACACGUUCGCCGCCAUUUGCACACGAGAAAUGUUCGCCGUAUUUCUGCUGUUUGCUUCGCUGGGAUUCGUAAUAGCGCAAUUCCAUCAGGAUAGCUACGUCAUCGAGCACGAUCGCAUCGAGAUACUGAAAUUCAACAGGUCGUUCGUCCGUCGUCCGGACUUCCAGGUGGUUUACUUCAACGACACUGUCAAGAUGAAGGCGCUAAACGCUUCCGGUUACUUCGUUGCGCCCAUAGAAAACACAGCAAAGAUCGAGGUGACCUUGUACAAAUUCGUCGGUGGCGCGUAUCGAGUUUUUCCAUUCAACGUGACGCUUGACGGUUGCAAUGAAAACAAGAGGAAUUUAUUCGGUUUGCGGUCGAUACUCCAACACACCAACUUUAAAGGGUGCCCUGUUCCCAUUGGUUACCUGUAUCUGAAAUACUACCUUCUCGAGCAGGAGAAGUUUCCGCCACACCUGCCCUAUGGGAAAUACAAGCUGUUCAUGGACAUUCAUGCUGGCCAUGGCUCCUAUUUUAUUGGCAACGGGCAUUGGUAUGGGUCUAUUGUACCAAAAAAGAAAAAUUAGUUGUGAGUGCCUUGACCAGGGUCGCACAGGUUGCCUUGGCACAAUGUGGAAAAAAUAAACGUUGACAUA